UCUGCGUGCUGUUUGCGGCGGCAGCAUUUCCUCCAGUCGACCGGCCGGCCUCCAGUGACGCGGUAGUCGCGCCACGCAACGCGGCGCCUCAAGCGCACCGCUUCAAAACAGGCGCAGCGACGGGUUCGCAAACGCCAUCUAUUCGGAGCUCGCUGUCAUUGUAACGCUAUAAUGUAGUGUAGAUGCUAAUGUUGUGCACGGCACUAUACCAUCGAAACUCUUCUUUAUUCGACUAUUUUGACUUCGACUACAUUUGCAAAAAAUAUUUGAAGACAACUUUGUGUGCUGGUAGUCUAAAAAGAAAUGUCAUUGUGAAUUGUGAUGUGCAGUGUAUUUUGUUUGUAGUACGUGUUUUUCAUCGUGUGAACCGAAAUCGUUUUGCAUUCUAAAAUGACGUGAUUUUUACGUGCUGUGAUAGUCUGUGUGGAUGAUCAACAUAAGCAAGUUUACAAGAAUUUAUAUUCAAAAUUGUUUUGUUAUAGCAGUGUUACUUUUGAAAACGAACAUUGCAAUACAAUAAGUUCCGCUUCAAGAGGUGUAUUUUUGAGUGGUUAUUUUAGAAUAAACACUAGACAUUUUAGAUUAUUCAGAGAUAUAUUCAUUGUAUCUGGUAAAAACAAGUGUUCAAAUUGUUCAGUUGGUGUUGUAAAUCUUGAGAAAAGUUUCGUCCAUUGUUCGUGCAAUUUUGUCAAGGAUGUUUCAAAUUCAAAACAAGCGAACAGCACUUUGUAGCCGGGAUCUUGAAAGGUAAAGGCCACAGUACGUGGGAUUUCGGUCCUCAGGUCAAAUCAUAACGUCGGAGGCACUGCCAACGACCAUUGCACGGUCUUCAAUGUGGACGAAGCUGUCGGCGUCGUCCUCAGCACUAAUGGCCUCGACAUCGCAAUUCUCGCCUUGGUCGUUAACAUCGUCAUCGCGGUCGACGUUUCUGCGGUGGCAUGCGAGGUGCUUCGCGGUGCUGUUGCUGUUGAGUGCCUCCGUAAACGGCGGAAUGCACAUCAACAAGUGUUGCGGGGCCAAUGAGCAACUGGACGCUUGGCUGAAAAAAUGCGUCCCGUAUGAAGGUGCCGUGACCGCAGCUCUUAAAGAGAAGGCAGCUACAGAUUCUUCUUUGACCGCCCAAAAUGCUUUGACCGCCGAAAAUGCUUCGUCAGCCGAAAUGUCCUCAGCCACCGAACUUCCCACGACCACAGUGUUGAUGACGACAACCGAGGAGCCAACAACGACGCCCCCAGAUGAAGUGAUGUUCAGGGACGGACUGCCUUACUGGAUCGACCCCAACUUGACGGUGCUGGAAACGCACAGUCAACUGCCGUUGGUGGCAGGUGCGAAGUGGGCGGGCGCGCGGGUUACGUUCGGACACCGUCCCUGCCCUUACUCGCAAACGCAGUUCGUUAAUACUGUGCGCCACGAGUCGUACCAACUGCUCGCCAACGGCAGCCUCCUGCUGCCCAUGUGGCGCACCGACGGAGACGGAAGUGGCCGCUGGCCCGUGAAGGUGGCUUUGCCGCCGGACGAAUGGUGCAUGGACCGUGUGAAGAGCGGGAUCUUCGUGUUUCUGGCCUGUCCCUGCCAACGCGUGACUUGCCUCAACCGGUGCUGUAACAAAAACAGUAUGUACGCGGCGGAGAGGAACCGAACAAAACUGAAGAGCAUCUGCAAGAAAGUGGAGAACGCCAACGCCACCGUGAAGGACCCGGUCUUCUUCAGUGGGACGCAAAGGCUCAACGACACCGCGGACGCCGGCAGAUCGGACGACACUGGUGUCGGCGGCGGAGGGGGAGUCGUGUACACAGAGUUGUUCGCGCAUUCGCUCGAGUGCGAAGUCGCAAUUUAUGGAAUGUACCUCCUGAAUUCUCAUUCGGAAGACAAGAAAUUUUCUUUUUGGAUCCAACGCAACGGCAGCGUCCUCAUCGAGAACUACAACCACGGGCGAGCAUUCCAGCGGCAGCACGUGUGCCACGUGGAGGUGGAAACGAGCCAUGGCGGCGUCAUUUCCGACGUCUUCUUCUGCCACAAACGCACCACGGCGGCUCCGGACACGGAGAACUUCUACUACAGCCUGCUGUUCCUGCUGGGCUCGUUGUUCCUGCUGCUGACGCUGGUGGUGCACGCGCUGGUGCCGGAGCUGCGCCGCUCCGCCCACGCCAAGGCGCUCAUGUGCCACUGCGCCUCGCUGCUCGUCGCUUCCCUCACGCUCACCGCCGGCCACCUGCACCGGAGCGCUCUGCAGCCCUACUGCAGCAUCUCAGCAUACCUCGUGCAGUUCUUUUUUCUCAGUACAUUCUUCUGGCUGAACGUAAUGUGUUUUGAUCUUUCAUGGACUUUUGGGGCGAUGCGGCGUCGGCGCGUGGCGGGCGGGGGCGGCGACCGCAGCCGGCGCUUCCUGUGGUACUCGCUGUACGCGUGGGGCUGCCCCGCCCUCAUCACCGGCGUCACCCUCUUCAUGGAGUUGGCCCCCGAGCACGUCGUGCCGCCCGACCUCCCGCUGCUGCCCAACAUCGGCGCGCGCCGCUGCUGGUUCGACAAUGGUGAUGGAGGUGGUGACUCCACCGUUGCUAGUAGUGAAGGCGCCGACCAUGAAAAGGUAUCCCAGACUGCAGCAAAGACUGCGUCGGCGAAGUCACCAAAGAAAUCUGCGAUAAAAAGCGGUGAUCGUCAGAUGCUGAUCGUGUUCGCCAAGCUGUUCUGCCUCAUGGGCGUGACGUGGGUGACGGAGAUCGUGUCGUGGCUGGCGGGUGACGAUUCGUUCGCCUUCUGGUACAUCACCGACGCCGUCAACCUCCUGCGCGGGGUGCUAAUCUUCGUCUUCUUCUGCUGCAAACCCGUGGCGCUGCGCCCGCUCCGGGCCCGCCUGCGCGCAUGCGCACGGCGCUGCUGCCCGGUGGCGCUGCGCCUCGGCGCUUCGCGGAAGCAGACGCGGGUGAGCGUCAGCACGCUCGAGAGCUCGCUGUCGAUGCCGGACAUGGUGGAUUCCGCCGCCACCGCCGUCGUACCCGCAGCCCCUGGGGCCGCCUCCGCCAUCGGCGUCAAGGACGACGCCCUCUGAACCUCUCGCACACGGAAAAUUAAUGGCAGACGGAUACCAAACGAAGGCACUUCGUACGCCGCGAGAUCGGAGAUUACCACGCGGUAGUUUAGUUUACAACCGUCCGAAAUUCUGUAUUUCCAACACAUCACUAUUUACAUGUCACUAUUUACCGCUAAAUGGACGAGCCAGCGCUUUCUUCGAUUACAUAAAUUUUGCCAUAACAGUUUCGUCGGAUAAUGUAGUUUUGAGGAAUCUCGUUAAAUAACGCUGUCAGCAGGCAGUGUUAUCCAUUGCCAUCAAGCACUCGACUUCAUCACAAAAGAGUACAUGUUUCCACUGUUGUACAUUAUCUACGAACGUCAAAUAAUGAAAUAAAUACCGUAGGAACAUAAAAAAGACAUGUCAGCGUUAAAACUAAGUGUAAGACAUACAUAGAAAGAAUACAUAAAAAUGGAAAGAGAUAAAAUCCGACGAACAUCGUUAGAUGAGAAAUGGAUAUUAGAAACUCACAUACGUAGGUCAGACUACAGAACGCAGAAUGAUCAAACGGGUGCUUUAUUAUGUAUCUCAGGGCGAGUGUAUGAUUGUUUGAUUAUAGAUGAUAAAAGUGUUCUAAAUAUAUGUUAUGCUUUUAUUCAAAUUACAUUUUUUUAAGCUUUUUUAUAUAAUUUUCAUUCUGAUGCAUUUUUUACAACCCUUUUUUCGCGUAAAAUCAUGGCGGGUCAGGAUUUGAAUUUAUCUAGAAUACGUAAUGUCCAUCAUUGUGCAAUAUGCGUAGUCGGAAUUCUUGGUAUCUGAGGAUGUCUUCAUGUCUGUGGCCUGUACCUAAAACUGUAUAAAGGGGAUAAUUUGUUGGCGUCAGCGAAAAAAUCCGUAAAAACAUUUCAUUGAUGUACGAAUGCUAAGUGUAUGAAAUAAAGUUGAAAUCACUGUUUAUAAAUGUUAUUAAAUAUGAAAGAAAAUAUUUUGGGUCAAUGGUUUGUGAAUUAAAAUUGAGAAAAUGAUUGUGAA